AUGCAGAUGAAAAAGGCGCUUGGAAAGUUCAUCGCAAUUCUUUAUGAUAAUCAAUUGAACCAGGAUCUUGAUACAGAUAAGUCGGAUCGGAUCGAAUUUGAAACGUAUGCGGUUCUGCACAGGAUGAGCUAUGAAGACUGUGGCAGGCUCAAGAAUGAUUGGGGGUUGAUCAAGAACGAGUGA